UUUGAUGCAGCCCAUGCAGAUGUAGUCCUACGCUCUUCUAACGGCAAAGAUUUUCCGAUGUACAAACUCGAUCUCCCUCGGUUGUCGCCUGUUUUCGAAGCCAUGUUCACUCUCCCGCAGCCCAGCGAAAACACUACAUCGCACGAGGCGUCACAAGCCUUACCUGUCGUACAGCUCACGGAGUCCUCGCAGGUGCUCCAAGUCCUCCUGCGCUUCUAUCUGCCAGGCCCUCCCCCUUCCCUUACCGACUUCCCAACGGCGGUCCGCGUGCUAGAGGGUGCCAGGAAAUACGAGAUUGACUUCGCAGCGGAUGCCACUUACAAGGCCCUGCAGGAGACGACUGAGGACGAGCCGAUCCGAGUAUAUGCGAUUGCGUGCCAUUACAGUCUCGAGCCGCUGGGUCGGAAGGCUGCA